AUGUCGCUCCCCGUUUCGAAGGAGGAUGGCUCCGAUGGCAGCUAUACGAAUGCCAAGGGGCCUACACCUGGCACCGACUUGGCAGAUGAAUUGCUUGAGAAUCUUGGCUACAGGCCUGAACUUUCCCGCAACCGAUCGACUUUACAGAUUGCCUUUAUGGCAUUCAUCUUGGCCUCUAUACCAUAUGGUUUAGCCACAACGAUGUACUACCCUUUAGUAGGAGGCGGUCCUGUCAACAUUAUUUGGGGCUGGGUUCUUGUAUCGUUCAUUAUUCUAUGUGUUGCCGUCUCUCUUGGCGAAAUCACCAGUAUUUAUCCUACUGCUGGGGGAGUAUACUACCAGGCCUUUAUGUUGGCUCCCGUUCAAUGGCGCCGGAUCGCGGGUUGGGUCUGCGGCUGGAUGUAUCUUGUUGGCAACAUCACCAUCACGCUGGCUGUGACGUUUGGCACCACUCAAUUCAUCGUCUCCUGCGUCAAUGUAUUCGAGACUGCGAACGGUGAGGGGGUAUUGCCCGGGGAAAAUUAUCAGGUUUUCCUCAUCUUCCUUGGCAUGACGUUUCUGUGCAAUGCCAUAUCGGCUUUGGGCAAUCGUUGGCUACCGAUCCUUGAUACUGCUGCUAUCUUCUUGACCAUUGCUGGCGUACUCGCUAUCAUCAUUACCAGUCUGGUUUUGGCAAAGCAUGGCCGCCACACUGCGGAGUAUACCUUCACGCACUUUGAGGCAUCGUCAGGCUGGACUCCGGGCUGGUCGUUUUGCAUUGGCCUGCUUCAAGCUGGUUAUGGAACCUCGGCGACCGGAAUGAUUAUAUCAAUGUGUGAAGAGGUGCAGCAACCUUCAGUCCAAAUGCCAAAGGCCCUGGUCGCCACAGUCUUUUUCAACUUUGUCGUCGGCCUCCUCUUUCUCAUCCCCAUUGUCUUUGUCUUGCCAGACAUUUCGACCCUGAUCACGUCUAGCCAACCACUGCCUCCUAUUAUCAAGAGCGCAGUGGGAUCUCCUGGAAUCGCUUUCGCCCUUCUAAUUCCCCUGAUGAUCCUUGGUACCAUGUGCGGCAUUGGAUGCACAACCGCGGCGUCGCGCUGUGUUUGGGCGUUUGCGCGAGACGGUGCUGUCCCUGGAUCCAAGUGGUGGAUGGUUGUUCACAAGAAACUCGAUAUGCCUCUCAACGCGAUGAUGCUGAGCAUGGCGGUCCAGAUUAUCCUGGCUCUUGUCUACUUUGGUUCAUCGGCUGCCUUCAACGCAUUUUCCGGAGUUGGGGUUGUUUGUUUGACUACCUCAUACACGAUUCCCAUCGCCAUCAACCUCUUGACUGGUCGCAAGAAGAUCAAGAACGCUCGGGUUAACCUUGGGCCGUUCGGUCUAUUUAGCAACGUAGUCGCUGUUGCCUGGGCCUUAUUUGUUAUACCUCUAUUUUGCAUGCCUUCGGCCCUGCCCGUCUCGGAAACCACAAUGAACUAUGCCUCGGUUGUUUUUGUUGGUGCAACUGUGAUCUCUGGUGUCUGGUAUUGGGUUUGGGGCCGCAAGAACUAUGCUGGACCCCCUACCCAUGAAGAAUAG